AUGGCUCACUCUAAUCUAGCUCAGUUACCCCUACCCAGUGAUGUCAAUCUGGGUGCCUCAGCCAAUCCUCAUGCCAAACCCACUGACUUUGACUUUCUGGCUGUGAUUGGCAAGGGAACCUUUGGGAAGGUGCUGUUGGCCAAACUCAAAACGGACGGUAAAUUUUAUGCAGUGAAAGUAUUGCAGAAAAAAGUGAUUCUGAAGAAAAAAGAGCAAAAGAAUAUCAUGGCCGAGAGGAAUGUUCUGUUAAAGAGUCUGAAACAUCCCUUUCUUGUUGGGUUGCACUACUCCUUCCAGACCCCUGAGAAACUUUAUUUUGUCCUCGACUAUGUCAACGGAGGAGAGCUGUUCUACCACCUCCAGAGAGAGAGAUGUUUCUCAGAGCCACGGGCACGUUUCUACACUGCCGAGGUGGCUAGUGCCAUUGGCUACCUUCACUCUUUAAAUAUCGUUUACAGGGACCUGAAACCAGAAAACAUACUGUUAGACUCUCAAGGCCAUGUUGUUCUGACUGAUUUUGGGCUGUGUAAGGAAGGGAUUGAGCCUGAGUCAACAACCUCUACCUUCUGUGGCACACCUGAGUAUUUGGCUCCUGAGGUCCUGAGGAAAGAGCCAUAUGAUCGAACAGUGGACUGGUGGUGUCUAGGUGCAGUGCUCUAUGAAAUGCUCUUCAGCUUACCUCCAUUUUAUAGUCGUGAUGUGGCGGAGAUGUAUGACGGAAUUCUACACAAACCACUCCAGUUUCCGCCAGGAAAAUCGGAAGCUGCGUGCCACAUUCUCCAUGGACUUCUGCAGAAAGACCAGCGCCGCCGGCUGGGAGCUAUAGCUGAUUUUCUGGAGAUUAAAAAUCAUUUGUUCUUUGCUUCCAUUAAUUGGGACGACCUCUAUCACAAACGUAUCACUCCUCCUUAUAACCCUAACGUGAGAGGGCCUGCAGACAUGCAGCACAUAGACCCAGAGUUCACCAGAGAGACAGUGCCCAAUUCUGUGGGCCGAACUCCAGAUUUGAACUCUCUAGCCACAAGCAGCUCCAAUGCUUUCAACGGCUUCUCAUAUGUCUCAGGAGAGGAUGGUUUCCUCUAA